AAUACGGAGGUAAACAGUGUGCUCCUGCUAGAGGCGAUGCUUUACCGUAAUUGCGUUUUUAUCCGCAUAACAUGCUAGUCAUUUAUAGCACAGGCGCUUUUUUCUGUUGUAAGUCAAUGUCGUCGCAGUUUAUCUUAAUAAAUUGCGUGUGUUGUGAGCAAACAAACGCUAGCUCAUAUCGUUAGCUAAUAACAAUGUGUACACGCCACAGUUUGAAGUACAGUUUUAGUUUAUGAAUAGAGUGCAUUUGAUUUUACUUUUGUCAAUUUGAGCGAUCAUCAAGACGAAAUGUUGAAGUUCAAGUAUCAUGGAAGUCUCAAGUCGCUUCCCUCCGCCACCGACCCGAUCACCAGCCGCAGCUCCAGGCUGAACCAGGUCUUCCAGGGGCGAUGCAGUCUGGGUGUCCAGCAAGGAGGGCCCACUCUGGGUCGAGAGGACCUUGUAGACGCUGUGUUGCUAUUGUAUCAGGAGUGUUCAUCCCCGGAGCUCAUGAAGAUACAUCAUGUGGCCAGUUUUGUUCACAAAUUUUCAGAGGCCAUCACCGAGCUGCAGGCACUACAACCACGGCUUCAGGACUUUGAGGUCCGCGCAGUGGUUGGCCAAGGUCACUUUGCUAAAGUUCAAGUGGUACGGGAGAAGUCCACAGGAGACGUUUGUGCCCUCAAAGUCAUGGAAAAGGCAGUUUUACGGACUCAUGACAAUGCUGUGUUUUAUGAAGAGGAGCGGAGGAUUCUGUCCCUAAGCAGCAGCCCCUGGAUCCCGCAGCUUCUCUACGCUUUCCAGGAUAAAGAUAAUGUUUACUUGGCGAUGGAGUACUUACCAGGAGGCGACCUGUUCUCGCUCCUGAAUCGUUACGAGGACCAGCUCACCGAGUCCAUGGCUCAGUUCUAUCUGGCCGAGCUGGUGGAGGCCAUUCAUGCUGUCCACCAGCUGGGAUACGUGCACAGAGACGUCAAGCCCGAGAACAUUCUCAUCGAUCGGACUGGUCACAUUAAGCUGGCAGACUUUGGCUCAGCGGCCAGAUUGACUGCUAAUAAAACAGUGGCGUCCACCACUGUGCCAGUUGGGACCCAGGAUUUCCUCUCCCCCGAGGUCCUCGGCGCCUUGAAUGGGGGCUCACACGUGACCUAUGGGAUUGAGUGUGACUGGUGGUCUCUUGGGGUCAUAGCUUAUGAAAUGAUUUACUGCAAAUCCCCUUUCUCAGAGGCUUCAUCCACCAAAACCAUCCACAAUAUUCUCAACUUCAAGAAUUCUCUAAAGAUUCCUGAUGAGCCAAAGGCCAGCAGGCAGUUCGUUGAUCUGGUUCGGAGUGUGCUCUGUGGAGCCAAGGAACGGCUCGGGUACGAGGGAUUCCACUGUCACCCGUUUUUCAACAGCGUGGACUGGAACAACCUCAGACAAGUUCUCCCUCCUUUCGUUCCUGCACUGCACGCUGAAGAUGACACCUCUAAUUUUGAGGAGCCAGAGAAGGCAGCCCCCCGGCCAGCCUCAGCAGCGAGGCGAGGAGCUGCGCCAGCAGGCUUCCAUGGCCAGGAUUUGCCCUUUGUAGGCUGGUUCUUCAGCCGAGCGUUGACAUCAUUGGCCAAAACUGAGUCAGUGUCUGCAGGACUCAACUCUCCGGCCAAGAUCAACUCCAUGGAAAAGAAGCUACAUCUUAAAAGCAAAGAAUUACAAGAAACUCAAGACAAAUGUCACAAGAUGGAGCAGGAGAUCUCAAGGUUCCAGCGUAAAAUGAACGACCUGGAGUCAGUUCUCCACCAGAAGGACGUGGAGCUGAAGGCUUCUGAGACUCAGAGGAGCAUCCUGGAGCAAGACUUGGCCACUUACAUCACAGAGUGCAGCAGUCUGAAGCGAAGCCUGGAGGAGGCACGUGUGGAGGUCUCUCGAGAGGAUGACAAGGCUCUACAGCUGCUGCACGACAUCCGGGAGCAGAGCAACAAGCUCCAGGAAAUUAAAGAGCAAGAGUACCAUGCCCAGCUGGAGGAGAUGCAGGUCACCAUUAGGCAGCUGGAGGAGGAUCUGUCCGCUGCCAGGCGCCGCAGCGACCUCUACGAAGCGGAGCUGAGAGACUCAAGACAAACCACAGAGGACCUGAAAAGAAAGGCUGUGGAAUACCAGCAGAAAAUCCAAAAGGCUAAAGAACAAGGGAAGGCAGACGUGGAGGAGCUUCUACUUAAACUUGAGAAGACAAACUCAGAGCAACAGAUGAAAGUGCAAGAGCUUCAGGACAAACUAACCAAGGCAAUAAAAGCCAGCACAGAAGCAACUGAACUGUUGCAGAACGUCCGACAGGCCAAAGAGCGACUCGAGCGGGACUUGGAACGUUUGCGGGGAAAGACUGAUUCAAGUGACACUCUCAAACGCCGCCUGAGGGAAACAGAGCAGGAGGGCAGGAAGACGCUGGAGAACCAGGUGAAGAGGCUGGAGAUGGUGGAGCGGCGCGAGAACAAGCUGAAGGAUGACAUCCAGACCAAAUCCCAGCAGAUCCAGCAGAUGGCUGAAAAGAUCCUGGAACUGGAAGACAGCCUGCGGGAUGCUCAGUCAACGGCUCAAAGGAUGGAAACCCAGCUGGUUCAGAAGGAGAGGCUUUUUGAAGACAAAAUUAAGGUUCUGGAGGCUCAGAUGAAAGUGGACCUGGCUGACAAGGAGAGUCUGGAGGCCAGACGGGCCCAGCAGGAGGAGGAAUCCCGUGAGAACAGCAAACUCAUCAGCGAGCAGAAAGCUACCAUUAAUGCUAUGGACUCCAAAAUGAAGAACCUGGAGCAGCGCAUCGCUGAGCUGUCGGAGGCUAACAAGCUGGCUGCAAACAGUAGCAUCUACACGCAGAAGAAUAUGAAAGCUCAAGAGGAGAUGAUCUCGGAGCUUCGGCAGCAGAAAUUCUAUCUGGAGUCCCAGGCAGGAAAGCUGGAGGCGCAGAAUGCUAAACUUGAAGAGCACCUCGAGAAGAUGAGUCAGCAGGAGCAGACCAAGAGGACGCGUCUACUGGAGCUGGAGAGCCGGCUGCGGGAGAUGGGCCUGGAACACGAGGAAGAGAAGCUGGAGAUCAAGAGACAGGUGUCUGAGCUGACCCUCUCCCUGCAAGAACGUGAAUCCCAGAUUAGCAGCCUGCAAGCAGCACGCCUGGCCUUGGAGAGCCAGCUGCAGCAGGCAAAGACCGAGCUGGAGGAGACAACUGCAGAGGCUGAGGAGGAGAUCACUGCCCUCAGGAAUCACAGAGAUGAAAUCCAGCGCAAGUUUGAUGCUCUCAGAGACAGCUGCUCUGUGAUCACAGAUCUAGAAGAACAACUGACACAGCUGAGUCAGGAAAAUGCCGAGCUGAACCGACAGAACUUCUACCUGUCCAAACAACUGGAUGAAGCGUCUGAUGAGAGGGAGGACCAGAUGCAGCUCAGCCAGGAGGUGGACCGCCUCAGGAGGGAGGUCGCCGACCGAGAAAUGCAUUUGAACAAUCAGAAACAGAACAUUGAGACACUGAAGACGACAUGCAGCAUGCUGGAGGAGCAAGUGGUGGAGCUGGAGUCCCUGAAUGACGAGCUGCUAGAGAAGGAGAGGCAGUGGGAGGCGUGGAGGGGAGCCCUGGAGGAUGAAAAAAGUCAAGCGGAGAGACGCACGCGGGACCUUCAGCGGGUGUUGGAUAACGAAAAGCAAAACAGGCUUCGUGCAGACCAGCGCAGCUCAGAAUCUCGCCAGGCCGUGGAACUGGCAGUCAAAGAGCACAAGGCAGAGAUUUUGGCUUUGCAGCAGGCCUUGAAGGAGCAGAGGCUCAAGGCCGAGAGCCUCUCUGACACCCUCAACGAUCUGGAGAAGAAGCACGCCAUGCUGGAGAUGAACGCCCGCAGCCUGCAGCAGAAACUGGAGACGGAGCGUGAGCUGAAACAGAGAUUGAUGGAGGAGCAAGGUAAACUCCAGCAACAGAUGGACCUCCAGAAGAGCCAUAUUUUCCGACUGACCCAGGGUCUGCAGGAUGCACUGGACCAGACCGACAUGCUGAAAACGGAACGCACCGAUCUGGAGUACCAGCUGGAGAACAUACAGGCUGUUUAUUCUCACGAGAAGGUGAAGAUGGAAGGGACUAUUUCUCAACAGACCAAGCUCAUCGAUUUCCUCCAGGCUAAGAUGGACCAGCCUGCCAAGAAAAAGAAGCAGGGGAUAUUUGGGCGGCGGAGAGAAGACGUAGGUACCACCACCAACGGUGCACUGGCUCCCCAACCUCAGCCCGCUGUGCCAAUGCAGUACAGCGACAUGAAGAUGGCACUAGACAAGGAGCGCUCGAGGUGUGCGGAGCUCGAAGUGGCUCUGCAGAAGAUGAAAAUUGAGUUGCGGUCGCUCCGAGAAGAAGCAGCUCAUUUUAAAGCACAGGACCACAUGGCUCCCACCACGCCAGCCCAGGCUCGCCAUCAGAUCCUCAUGUCGGCCAUCGUCAAGUCCCCGGAGCAUCAGCCAAACCCCUGCAGCCUGCUCAACCCCUCCACUCGCUGCAAAGAGACAGCCACACCUGAAGAGAAGAGAAGGGUCACCUUCGAAAAAUACGGCCGCCGUGUGAAGGAAAGAAUGCACCACAAUAUCCCUCAUCGCUUCACAGUCGGCCUCAACAUGAGGGCUGCCAAAUGUGCCGUCUGCCUGGACACUGUGCAUUUUGGACGGCAGGCUGCCACUUGUCUGGAGUGCCACACACUCUGUCAUCCCAAAUGCUCACCGUGUCUUCCCGCUACUUGCGGUCUCCCGGCCGAGUACGCCACACACUUUUCCGAGGCUCUGUGUCGAGAGAAGGCCAACUCUCCUGCGCUGCAGAUGAAGGAAGCCAGCGGACACGUUCGCUUGGAGGGUUGGAUGAAGCAGCCUCUAAAUGGCAAACGUGGUCAGCAGGGCUGGGAGAGGAAGUACGUGGUGUUGGAUGGAACCAAACUUUCUGUGUACGACACUGAGCCCAGAGAAGACUGCAUGGGAGCCGAGGAGGAGUUUGAGCUCUGCCUGCCGGAUGGAGAGGUCACAGUUCACGGAGCCGUCGGGGCAUCAGAGCUGAUUAACACCGCCAAGUCAGAUAUCCCGUACGUGCUGAAGCUGGAGUCGCACCCUCACACCACCUGCUGGCCCGGACAGUCGCUCUACUUCAUGGCUCCAAGUUUCCCCGACAAGCAGCGCUGGGUGGCGGUGCUGGAGUCUGUGGUGGCUGGCAGUCGAGGAUCCAGAGACAAAGUGGAUGCUGAUGCUGCAGGUGCUUCUAAAAGACAGAAGAACCUUUCACACCUGGUUCAGAAACUUUUGGGAAACUCGCUGCUGAAGUUGGAGGGUGACGACCGCUUGGACAUCAACUGCACGCUGCCUCUGACAGACCAGAUCGUGCUGGUGGGCUCGGAGGAAGGCCUGUACGCUCUCAACGUCAUCAAAAACUCCCUGACCCACAUACCAGGCCUGACCUCGGUGUUCCAGAUUCAGAUCCUCAAAGAUCUUGAUAAGCUGCUGAUGAUUACAGGUGAAGACCGAGCUCUGUGUCUGGUGGAGAUCAAGAAGGUGAAGCAGUCCUUGUCACAGUCCCAUCUCCCUGCUCCACCUGACCUCAACCCCUUCAUCUUCGAGACGGUCAAGGGAUGCCACCUCUUCUCCUCGGGAAAGAUUGACAACGGGAUCUGCAUCUGCGCUGCCAUGCCCAAUAAGAUCACUAUACUGCGACUCAACGAAAGUCUCAACAAGUUCUGUAUCAGAAAGGAGAUCGAGACCUCUGAGCCCUGCAGCUGCAUCCACUUCACCGGCUACAGCAUCAUCAUCGGCACCAACAAGUUCUACGAGAUAGAGAUGAAGCAAUACGUCCUGGAAGAGUUCCUGGACAAAAACGACGUGACGCUGGCUUCCGCCGUCUUCGCAGCAUCCUCCCACAGCUUCCCGAUCUCCAUCAUCCAGGUCACCACGGCCCCACAGAAGGAUGAAUACCUGCUCUGUUUCCAUGAGUUCGGCGUGUUUGUGGAUGCGUAUGGCCGGCGGAGUCGGAGCGAGGACAUCAAGUGGAGUCGGCUGCCGCUCUCCUUUGCCUACAGAGAGCCGUACCUGUUUGUGACCUACUUCAACUCUCUGGACGUGAUAGAAAUUCAGGGACACGCUUCUCUGGGACCUCACUCGUACGCUCACCUGGACAUCCCCAACCCUCGCUACCUUGGCCCCGCCAUCUCCUCCGGCGCCAUCUACUUGGCCUCAUCGUACCAGAACAAGCUGCGGGUGAUUUGCUGCAAAGGAAACCUGAUGCAGAGUCAGGAGGGAGGAGGGGACCUUCAGCGCAACGGCUCCGGGCGAAGCCCCAACAAGCGCGGGCCUCCGUCCUACAAUGAGCACAUUUCCAAAAGACUGGCGGCCAACCCGCUCUCUCAGGGGGACCCAGGAACGCCACACCGCUACCGAGAGGCUCGCACAGAGUUCCGCCGCGACAAGUCUCCCACGCGUCCGCUGGAGAGAGAGAAGUCUCCCGCCAGGAUGCUGGAGAGCCGGAUGGUGGGCUCCCCGGGCCGAGCCAUGGCCGACCCCAGGCUGGAGCGCUCGCCGGGGAGGGCCAUGGCCGACCCUCGGCUGGAGCGCUCGCCGGGCCGCAUGAUGGAUGUGCGCAGAGAGCGAUCUCCAGGGCGCUACGAAGAGAGGCAGCGGCUUCACACUGGCUCCGGACGCACGCCCAUCAAUCCUGUCAACAAGGUCUGGGAUCAGUCGUCCGUCUGAGAGUGGACGCUCGUCCUUUGAAGGAAAAGGAAGAAGGGGUGGUGACGUCGCCGCACUGAUCCUGCAGCACUGCCACUCAUUGGCUACGAUUUACACGAUUCAAAAGAACAGUUAAAUCUAUUCUGGACCCCAAAUACAGAUAUACAUGGAGAAGCUUUUCCAAUUUGGCAUCUUAGCAAAGCACAUCUUUGGUGAGAGGUUUCUUGAAAAAAAUCAUCCUCCGCUAGUCACAAUCAUCCUCUGCUGGUGUCAGCCAGAGCACAAACCAAAACACACGACACGCCACAAGACCGCCUCCUCAGAGGGGCGAAUGGAACUGCGCUACCCACAAUCCCCGGCCAGAACCAAGCAGGACCUUUCUAACCCCGCGUCCAUGCUGUAAAUAUGGAGACCUAAUUUUAUAUAUCAUAUAUAUAUUGAGAAGGAAUUUCAAGGCUGGAGAAGCCGUGUCUAUUUUUGUUAAAGAAACUGUCCUCUUGAAUGUCCAACAAGUAUCUUUGAACACGUGCAAAUGUGCUUUAUCAAGUGAGUGAUUGUAGCCCAGUCGCGUGUGAACUCGUCCGAGGAAAAGAGCCGUCCUGCUUCUGAAACUUUCUUUUGUACAACGCCCGGCCCCGACACUUCCGCAAGGAAAAGUUGUUUUCCAGAUUCCCAGCAGGCAUGGAUACGUUUCUAGAAGCAUUUGGAUGUUCAGAUUGACCCCACGACCUUCCUGUCAAGGCUGCGGUCACAUGACCAGGCGGGGCUCCGGUCUGAGCCCCCUCACUGGCCACCAGUCACUAAACACUUGUGUGACUAGCAGAAAUGAACCUGCCUAAAACAAUGAAAGUUGAUGAGUGGGUAUUGCAGCCCUUCUUAAUCUUCACACACUUUCUUCCUUCAGAGAAAUUCCACCACCGACCAGAACUGACCCUCUGUGUCUAGUACUGUCUACAAUGACAGUCUCAUCUUGCCGUUCAUCUGGACUCCCUGUUUUCUUUUCCAUCACUGUAGCUUUCCCACUAGAGUGCUACUGUCACCAGAGUGUUGGGCCUUUGAGGCUUCACGAAACAGCAUCUAAUUUUCAGAGCCACUAGGUGGCACUCUCUGCUCUUAACUCUUAGGAUUGUAACUAUUUCAAUGGAACCUCACGUCACGUUUUUAAACCGGGAGCGCCACCUAUUGAGCUUGGGAAAUCAGAACAUUGUUUCAUGAAGCCUCAUCAGCCCACCAGUGUCACUCGUCGCACACAUAAUUUCACCCCAAAUUAAUACUGAUAGAACAUUAACAGGUUUAAGUGGCAAUGGAAACAGCCUCAAAUUCUCAGAAAGCCAAGGGACACACAAACUCAAAGAAAGUAAUGUCUCAGUAAUAGCUCAGCAUUCCUGGUCGUGUGAACGCAGCCGAAAACAAAACGGACAAAUUCCAACUCGGCGCUAACAAGUCAGCGUGAACCCUGUGAAGCGUUUCAGUGGAACUUGAAGUGUCUGUGUUUUUUUUUAUUUUUAUUUUUUUUAUUUUGAACGGCCUUUUUGAUUUCAAAAAAAUCUCCAUGAGCGUCUUCCCGCCAUGACGCUCUGGCAGAGGAACCUGUGAUGACUGCACACUCGGAGGGUUUCUUUUUCCUUUGUGUUCCCGUCAGUCACGCUGAAUAUAUUGAUGUCUGAUUUUGUCAAACGAUAUUAAACAUGCUAACGGCCGUCCAACCUGACUCUUCUGUGA